UUUAUGGUCCAGAUAUUCUGAAAUUAACAAUGGAGAAUCUUAAUGAACUCCUACCAGGUGACCGUAAUUCUGACAUUCGAAUAAACAUCAUGGGUCUCAUCGAUAUGUUUUUACAGGUAAAAUCCGCGGAGCAAACUGGACAAAGUACGGAUUCAAGCCGAGAUUCCAUGAAUCUUGCUCCUGAGGUCCCACAGUCCAGAGUCCAUCGUAGUGACAUGGAUAUAUUCCAGUGGCCGAUGGCUACCCAAGAUGUGAAAUGGCCAAACAUAUCUGGGCCAGUGGAAGCUACAGGGUUUCCUUCAUCUGGAAGAAACUCCCAGUUUCUCCCAAGCCCUAAGAAGUUCAGACACUACCCUUCUGGUACACUACUACCUUCUACCAAGCUGCCCACCAUCAAAAUCCAUGUGUCAGUUGCCGGAGAAACUUUCCGUACCCAUGACAACUUCAUGAAGAUGCUGAAGCUGCAGAUGGAGCUCUGCAGUGCAGAGAGCAGCAGCGUCAUCCUGGUCUUCUGUCCUGUUGUUUCUCGGGUUGUGACAGACAUGGAUGCAGCCAUGGCCAGAGUUACAGAAGACAAACCUGUCAUCCUGGUGUUCAUGCACCACUGUCACCACCCCAGUCACAUGACUGAUAUCGCAGUGCAACCGUCCAGGAGCAACAUAGUGCAAGUCGUUCACUGCGCCUACCAUGAAACUAAAGGGCUGCUGCGAUGCCAGGAGAAUGAUCAGGCAGCUGCCAUAGUGCGUUCAGAGCUGAAUAAAUACCAAUGAAGGAACAGACAUGCUACAGGGAAGCAUGGAUUAGCGCUACAAAAUAGUGCACGAUUUUAAUAAGUUUUCAUCAGUUACCGUAUUUCUGUCCUUUGGUGUAGUGGGCUAAGGGUCUGUAUCAACUCACCUAGACCUACCAGGUCAUGCCAUAGAUUUUGUGAAAACUUCAUGGUACCUUGAAAAAUCCUAUAGCUCUUCAAAUACUUUCGUUAUGAAGUUCCCCUGGAACUUUCUGUAAUUUUUUUAAUGUGUAUUCUAAGCCUCACCAACUGCUUAUUUUUCCCUGGAUCGGGUUUAAAUUUGUACUGGAUAUCCAAGAAACCAUAAGGAGAAUUUGCAACAUGUAUUCUUGUAAACAGCUAUUGCUUAAUUAAUAACCAUUUGUCACGCCCCGCUCGUAUGAUCCUCGUGUGUGCAACACCCCCCUGAUUACCCACGUGUGCCUCCCUGAUCGUCGCCAGCUGUGUCUUGUUAUUUUCAACCAGUCCUGUCUUUUUAAGUCCAUGUCUUGCUUGAAUCCUUUGUCUGUCAUUGAUGUUCGUCGACGUCUGAUGUAUCCUGGUCCCCGUCGUCUGAAUAAAUCCCCAGUUUACCCCGUGCUUUGCCUGCCUGCUCCUUUGCCCGCUCUCCCGCCUGAGCGAUCACCCGCUUAACCAGCGCGAUCGCUACUUGAAUGUGACACCAUUAGCCAGAAUAAGAAUCUUUUAUUUUCAAAAAUAAUAUCUCCAUUAGUUUUCUCUUUCUUGCAAUUAAUAUUGUUGUAUCACAUUUGGAAUUGAUUUCCCGCUGCAUAAAAUACUCCCACAGAUCUUUAUAAAUAUAGCUUUACAGCUGAAAAAGCCCACUUUUCAAAACAUAUUUUGACUAUAUAUUUACUCAAGAAGCCUUUUUCUGAUUUCCUUUAAACAUUUGUAUGGGAAAGUGUUAAUAUUCAUUGCCGAUAUGUAAACAAAAAAUAUAAAGAUGUUACCCCAUUAUUUCAUAAUUGCCUGUAAAUGACCAUUUCUUACACUUGUAACAGCAGAGAUAACAAAAUAUUAAAUACUAAAAAUGUAAAUUUUAUUUAAGCCGAGAAGCACAAAUGUCAGUUUAUGCAUAUAAAUUUUCAGUUUAGUAAUGUAUUCACAUGGCUUUGCAAAAAUACUGUCAGUUAUAGAAAUCAAUUACGCAUCAACGGUGGAAAUAGGUUUAUUGUCUUCUUGUAGUUCAUGUUUUGUUUUCUGUUAAUGACAAAUCAAUUAGUUGGACUGCUGUACUGCUACAAUAUGCAAUAUGUACAGCUGAGGUCAGGAGUUUUCAUACACUCAUUAAGGGCAUGAAUGUCAUAAUAAUCUUGGGUUUUUAAUGAUUUGUUUGAACCGUUCUUUUUCCAGGGUGGAAUGAUUAUACAACAUACAUCGUCAUUGAUUUUAAAAAACAAGAAUUGGGGUCACAAGUGUCAUGCCCGGCUCGUCCGCUCCUCGUGUGUGCCACACCCACGUGUGCUUCCCUGAUCGUAUCCAGCUGUGUCCGUUUACUUUCAAUCAGUCCUAUGUAUUUAAGUCCUGGUCUAACUCGUUUUCCCUGUCCGUCAUUGUAGUUUAUUGUGGUUAGCUGUGCUUUCGUGUCUUUUGCUCGUUGUACCUCGAUUAAAACCCGUAGUCUGCCCCGA